GAGCCAUCCCUUCAGCUCUCGGGGAAAUAGACCAGAGAUUACUUCCGGGGCGUGACCGGGAGGCUGUACCGGAAGUAAAGGCGGGCGCGCUCCCGGGGCGGGAUGGAGCAGCAGCAUCAGCAGCAGCUGAGAAACUUGCGGGACUUCCUGUUGGUCUACAACCGGAUGACGGAACUCUGCUUCCAGCGCUGCGUGCCCAGCCUUCACCACCGAGCUCUGGAUGCUGAGGAGGAGGCCUGUCUGCACAGCUGUGCUGGGAAGCUGAUCCAUGCCAGCCACCGCCUCAUGGCCGCCUACGUGCAGCUCAUGCCUGCCCUGGUGCAGCGCCGCAUCGCAGACUAUGAGGCUGCCUCCGCUGGGCUCGGUGCUGCUGCUGCUGCUGAACAGCCGGGAAACGCACCAACAGGCAGCUAGCCAUCCCCAACCCAGGAAGGGAGGCGCUGGAUGGACCCUCACAUUGAAGGAGCCAGUGGACCUUGGGCCGGGGGCAGCCUGUUUAUAGAGUAAGGAGUGGCCUGAGAGUUGGGUACUGUUGCUCCUUUUUCCGGAGCUAAUAAACCCGCUUUUAUUCUGUUCGGAUUAUGUUCUGGGCGGAGAAGCUUUGCCCACUUGGUUAGCACCAUCCUUUAUUUGUCAGUGCAUAUCUGCUGGCUUCAACCCUGGCAGCGGAGAAAUUGCCUUCUAUGUGUAGAAGGAAAACCUUAGCAGCAUUCAUUUCCAGGCACCUGGUUAAACCAAGGGGUCAGGAUGCAAUUUUUUAAGGUUGGUAAUAGCAACAGAAAGGUGAUUCCUGGCCAGAUGACAGAGAAAAUAGGAGCUCUGACUAGCUGUCAUUAAAUAAAAUCUGUCUGACU